AUGAAAAUCAGACACAUUAACCAGAGCUUAGCCUCUAUUUCCUCCUUAUCCCUCCUUUUAAUAAUUCUUGCUACAGCUGAAGCGUUGAAAUUACCACAACAGCCGCAGAAAAAAGUGAGCCAAUUAUACCACGCCAAAAGAGACGAAUUUAUUGAUCGUGCUCAAAACUUUGUAAAUGAAGUAUUUGGCUAUGGCAAUAGCACUGGUACUGGUACUAGCACUAACACUGGAGACACACGAACAGAAUCAACACAGCUUGUAGAAUUAUCCUCAUCAUCAAGUGACUUUGCUACAACUCCAACUUCCACAGCAGUUUCAAACAAGCAAGACAAAUCGUCAGCAAAUGAUGAUAACACCUCAGUGUAUCAAUCGAGCACUGCGACUACCGACACACCUUCAACACAACAAGAAUAUGUUGAUACAAAUACCCCUACAGUGAUAUCAAGUACCCCAGCCGAGGAAACAACAUCAAGUUUUGUACAGCAGCAGCAACAACAACAACAACAACAACAACAACAGCAAAGCUCAGCAGUUGGUACUAGCACACCAGCUCAAGUUGCAGCAUCAUCUUCGACCCCAAUAGCACAACUGCUGGCGGCACAAACUUCAGAGGCAGCAACUUCAUCAGAAGCUUUCGCCGCUGCUCAACAGAGCUCAGCAGCAACUACAAGUACAAAUGAGAGUGCAAAUCAAAAUGCUAAUGCAGAUCCUGCAUCAUCAGCAGCACAAUCUCCUACAAGUGACCAGCAAACUGAUGCUCAAACAAGCAGUGAGCUGCCAGCACAGCCACAAGUAUCUGCUGCCAGUAACAACAAUGAUUCCGGAGCACAAGCAGCUCCGCUGUCGUCAUCGUUUUCAUCAGUGUCAACCACACCUGCGGCAGCUAGAACUGCAAAUAGCGCAUCAACUUUUGAAUCUGCUUCUGCUUCCACUGCUUCUGUUUCCCCAUCAACUACAGACUUGGCUAGCCCAGUAGCAACUGCAUUACUGACAGACAACACUCCAUCUCAGUCAUCAUCAUCAGCUGCAGCUGCAUCAUCAUCAUCAUCCUUGCUGCCCUCUGCUUCUCAAGAAACCAGUUUGGCCAGUAAAGAUCUGACAACACCAGUUGGAACUGACGCAUCUGCUCAAGCUUCACAAUCAUCAAGUGUAAGCGCAUCUUCAAAUGAGGAAUCACAAUUGGUGGAACCAACGACCUUGUCGUUAGCUUCAUCAUCAUCAUCACCACCUGCAAGUGAUGUUGAUGCAAGCGAUUCUGCCUCACUGAGCAGUGCAUCUUCUUUAGACGCUGCAUCACUGCAAAGUUCCUCCACUUUAUUAGCUUCCAACACUGCUGCAAUCGAUCAAUCAACUGUAGCAACUGACUCGAGUGCGUCAGAUGCUGAUACUACUUCUGUUGCUUCUGCUUCCACUGCUUCUGCUUUGAAUUCUAACUCUGAUGGUACUGUUGGUCAGACUGAAAAUGUCCUGGACAGUGUUACCGAUUCUGCAUCGACAUCAAAUAGUGAUCCAGAUGCUUCAUCUUCGGCAUAUACUUCAUUUGCUUCGGCUUCUCAGGAAUCUAUUGCCUCUGAUUCAACGUCGUCCAAUUCACCAACUGAUUCUAGUGCAACUGUUUCGGAUAGUUCAAACACUCUGUACGCACCAGUCGUCACUGGUUCAGAGCCAGUGACUGCAUCAACGUCUUCAUUUGCACAAUCCGACGAUGUAUCUUCGCCGUUAUCAUCGUCUCUGUCAACGUCAGUGCAAAUUACCCCAGACAUCUUGACUUUAUCAACCGCGUCUGAUAGUUUGCAAUCUUCUAGCACUCUGUCUCCAGCCCCAACUGAAUUGGCAAGUGCAUCUGACUUUACCGACUUUGCCUCAGGAAGCUCCAAUACAACGGAUGGCUCAGCUGCUUCUACUUUGGUUGACUCACAAGGAACUGAUGUCGCCUCUAGUCAAUUUCCAUCCAGUUCAAGUAUCAUCACAGAUAGCGGAGCAUCUAUUGCUUCAAGCACAUAUAUACCCGUGGUGUCCGAAGCAGCAUCAUCAUCAUCAUCAUCCUCAGAAUUGGAAACAAUUGGAUCUUCAACUGCAGACGCAUCACCAUCAAGUUUUGCGUCCCAAUCACAACCAAUCAUCACUGAUGUGGGCUCAUCAGCUAUUGACUCUGCAAGUUUAUCUACUGAUGCAACCGAACCUAUAGUGAGUGCUUCUCAUACCCAAAUCAUUUCAUCAAGUGAAAUUUUGGCGUCAUCUGAGCCUAGCUCAAUAGAACCAUCAUCAUUAACAGAACCCAUUCCAAUAGAGUCAGAGAGAGUUUCACCUACCUUUGAAAGUUUAGUAUCAGGUUCUACUGAAUCGAUAUCAACUCCUGUGGUUUCAUCAGCAGAACCAACAUUAGUAUCCGAAUCCUCAUCAGCUUUACCAGUUUCUGAUCAAACCGAGCCAGUGAUUACAAGUAAUUUAUCACCGGAACCAUCACCAUCACCAUCACCAGAAUCAUCACCAUCAUCAUCAUUACCCUUGGCAAACCCUGUAACUGAGUCAGUGUUGUCUUCUUCGGCCGAGACUUCUCUUGUUGAACCUUCACCUGCUGAUGUCAGCUCGCAAAUUCCCCCAUCUUCUUCUGAAGUUCUUAGUUCCUUGAGCGAAGCUACAGCAACACAAACACCCUUGGCAGCAACAGAGUCCUCAGAAUCAUUGACUUUGUCUUCUGCUGAUGUUGCAGUCACACCUAUUCAAUCUACUUCGAUUACUGCACCUUCAAGUGCCGAAUCCGAAGUACCAACUGGGGCAUUAAGCGAAACGUCAACUGCAGUCUCCGAAGAAGGUCUCACUGCAUCAGCUCCACCCGCAACAACUACUACGCCAUCUUCAUUAGCAAUAGUACCCUCCUCUUCUGGAAUUACAGAUGUUGGUGUUGAAUCGAGUGGUGAACCAAGUUCUGUAACUAGCUCCCCUUCCAGCUCAGCAGCUAGUGGUGCAUUGGGUGUAACUGAUGAGACAUCAAUAGCCUCUGAAGCUCCAACAUCCGAUGCACCAAUUGUGGGCUCCACUUCUUCAUUCACAUCUGGAGCUCCUACAGUAGCAAAGUCUGGUGCCACUUCGGCUCCACCAGAUACAGUGGGACCUUCAUCAUCGUCGGCUGCAUCUGUUACUCCAACUCCAGCUCCAGCUCCAAUAUCUAGUGCUACAAGCUCCAAUUGGUUGCCUUCUUCGCUUGUUAUUGCACUGACUUCAUCUAAUGAUCCUGAUAAAACAUCACAGAACGAAUCUGCUACUCCAACCCCUGAAAACACCUCUGGUUUACCCAAGGCAAUCACGGCAGAAGCUACCAGCGCACCAAAAGAAGGAUACACUCUUAUCACUGUUGGUUUUAAGUCUGCAUUGAACUACCCUUUUGUUGUAAACAAUACAGUCACAUCUGCACAAAUAUUUUCGUUCUUGCCUGGUGUUUUGCAAUAUCCAUUUGGUAAUGCCGAAACCUAUGACAAUGUAACUGUUAGUCAGUUGAUUCCAUAUCAAGCAUCAAACAUUGACUAUACAAUCACAGUUGCCGAAGUUUAUUUCCCACAAAAAAGCAUUAGUGCAUUGAGCAAUUAUAUCAGUGACACAGGAUCACAGCUCUACAAAAACCCCGAUGGAACUCAAAACACUUUGGCAUCUUUGAUUGAUAGUAGGAUACCCUUGACUGGAUUGGCUGAGACAACUCAACAAUCGAGUGGCUCUUCAUCGGGAAGCAACAGUUCGCCUGUGAACCCCAACGGGUCUAUGGAUGCUGUAUUUUCUGGAACAAAAGUCACUGAUAAGGGCCGAAUUGCGGGCAUCACAGUUGGUGCUGCAUCUGGAUGUCUUGUUUACAUGAGCUUAAUGGUGCUUUUGUUUAGAAAAUUCAGGAAAAACAACAAGAAUUUAGAGUUGCCAUUAACGGAUUCAGAAUCAAGCUUUGGAAUGUCAUCGGACGACUAUUCUUCAUAUUCAAAUGAAAGUGGUUCUGGUUUCUCAGCAAUUUUUGCUAGACUCAAUAAUAAUAGUAACAGCAAUAGUAAUGGUACCCUGCCAGCUGGAAGUCCUACGCACCCACACAUGUCCCAAGUCAGAGCUGGAAACAUCUCUCAACCAGUGCAAGCAUCAAAUUCUUUAGGUUGGUACAGUUGA